CCACCCCCCCCGCCGCCGCGUCGCCUUCCCCGACCAAAAAAACCUAGAGCGCCUUCCUCCCUCUCCGCCUCACUCUCCUCCUCCUCCUCCUCCUCUCAGCCUCCCAAAACCCUAGCUCCCCUCGAUCUGAUGCCGUGAGCCCGUGGCCUCCCCCAGCCUCGCCAUGGAAGACCCCGUGGCUGCCCCUUCCUCCUCCGUCGCGGCGGCGUCGGCGGCGGCCGCGCCUAGGGUUGCGCCGGUGGCGGCCCCGCUCCCUCUCGCCGCGCAGCAGGCGCCAGCCGCCGCGGCGGGGUGCCGGAGGCAGGUCUUCUCCGUGGAGCUCCGGCCCGGGGAGACCACCAUCGUGUCGUGGAAGAAGCUGCUCAAGGAGGCGGGCCACGCGGCCGCCUCGCCGCCGCCCGCCGCGCCGGCGGUGGCGGUGGCGGCGUCCGACCCGGCGUUCCCUGCGCUCCCCGGUCAGCCUGGUGCGGUGCAUCCUCCAGAAAGUGAUCCAAAGGAUCCAGCACAACCAAAUCGGUUCAAUGCUGUUAUUGAGAAAAUUGAGCGCCUUUACAUGGGCAAACAUAGUAGUGAUGAAGAAGAUCUUGAUGAUGUACCGGAUGAUGAUCAAUAUGACACUGAAGAUUCUUUUAUUGACGAUGCUGAAUUGGAUGAGUAUUUUGAAGUCAAUAAUUUGAGGACUAAGCAUGAUGGGUAUUUUGUUAACAAAGGGAAGCUGGAACAGAUUGAAGCUGGUACAUCAGCAAAUGUUGCACCAAAGAAAAGGAGAAGAAAAGAUUCAUCAAGUGGUUAUAUUGAAAACAAUCAGGUUGCUCCAGCUGAUUAUCCGAGCAUUGGCAAUAUGCCUGGAAAAUCCGCUGCAAGAAGUGGUGCACAUGUUGGGAAGAAAUUAACCAGUAGCAACAUAGGUUCUUAUGGCGAGUAUUACCAUGAUGACAACAGAGUGGUGAAGAAUAUAACUGGUGCUGGAGUCCACAAAAGGAAAUCCAUGGAUUUUUCCAUGGGUUCUGAUACUGCAGCAUACACGAAGAUAUCUAGUAAGGAUAUGCCGUAUGCUUCUUCGGAGCUCAAUAAAGCUGCAGGACUCCAGCCUACUGAUUACACUCAUAGGUCAAAAACUGCUGAGGCAUAUGACUAUGCCUAUUCAGCAUACAGGGAUAGGGAUACUUCAAUGCAACUUGAUUUCCAACAAAAAAGAGCCUAUACUGGGGAAAAUCGAGAUCCAUCAAACAAAAUUCAUCGAAAAGAAAAACAUGGAAUGGGUGAAUUUUCCGGCAUGGCAACGACUGGUGCACUGUAUUCUGGACAAGUAAUGCAGCCAAUCACUUCUAGAGACGGUUCUGGUACCAAACCUAAAGGCACUAGACUUGAGAGAGCUAUUCGGGAUCUGCAAAAGAUUGCUGCUGAAUACAGACCACCAGCUAUCGAUAUUAACGAGGUAGAUCCAAAUGGCCAGGUAGCAGUUAAAAGACGGUUGCCUCCAGAAGUAAAACAAAAACUAGCCAAAGUUGCAAGGCUAUCGGCAAACCAUGGAAAGAUUCAAGAACAUGAGUUAAUGGAUCGCCUCAUGGGCAUAGUUGGGCAUCUUGUGCAGCGAAGGACACUCAGGAGAAACAUGAAAGAAAUGGUAGAAUCAGGUCUGUCCGCUAAACAAGAGAAGGCUGAUAAAUUCCAACGUGUAAAAAUGGAGAUCAAUGAAAUGAUCAAAUCGCGUGUGGCUGCCAAGGCCAAGGUCAAUGAACACCACAGUGGAUCAGCUGAUGAUUUUCAGAUUGCGAAUGAUGAAAAAAGAUAUUUAAAAGGAAAGUCUGUAAUGGAUGCUGCUUUGGAGGACAGGAUCUGUGAUCUGUAUGAUCUGUACGUUGAGGGUAUGGACGAAGAUAAGGGCCCUCAAAGCAGGAAGUUAUAUGUGGAGCUGGCGGAGUUGUGGCCUGAAGGUUCCAUGGAUAAUGUCGGAAUCAAAGAUGCAAUUAAUAGAUCGAAGGAGCGAAGGAGAUCAUUAUACAACCAGCAGAAGGUUCGCAACGAGGAGAGAAUGAAGAGAAAAAGGUUGGCUGCGGCAGCUAAACUGCAAGAUGGCUACCCUGUUGUAAUGCAAAGCGCACUGAUCCAGCAAGUGGCACAACCACCCAUAACAAACCCUGUCGCCACAUACCCUGUGACUGACCAGGGAUCAAAAAGUUUUGACAGAGUUCGUGAAAUAAGUGCGAGUGCAAAUCCUGACGACAUCAACCGGAACACUGGCGAGAUGAAGAAGAAAAAAAGAAAACCAGAAUCUGACCUUGUAGAUACACAAGCUAACGCCAUGAAGGGCCCCUCUCAGCAUGUAGAGAAGAACAAGCCUCCUAAGCGUGCUGAUGAGGCAGUUGAAACCGUGCUUUGUCUCCCGUUCUAUGACCAACAACCGAGCUGAUUGUUUUGGUGUAUGCAUUGAUGAAAUUUCAAUCCUCCUAGGCGCUUGUCGGAUGCUGUAACAAAUACCCUUGUGGAGAGGAUGCCAUUGGUCCUUCGUAAUUUUUAUGAUCUAUAUAGUUCCUUUUCCAGCCACAGCAUUGGUUGUACA